GCUGCGCUUUGAGGCGCUGUGCCUGCUAGGGCUGGUAGCGGUCCGCAUGUGCGAGGACGCACGACGAGAAGGUCAAGGCCUGCAGCCGCACUGCGCAACGUGUUGCCGGCUUCGGAAGACGGAGCUGGUGGAGGACGACAUGUACGCGGCGAUCUGCGCUGUGUCGGUGUGUGACCUCACCGAGCAGGGCCGGAAAAGGGGCCGGCCGUCCAAGCGAGACCAGCAUCCUGAGGACGACCUUUUCCGGCACGUCUACGAGGAGCACUUCCCGCGCGACGAGGAGGCCGCGGGGGCUCGCGUCAACAGGUCGGGCUUGACUCCCUUCCUGCCGCCAUUGUCGAAGGGCAUGUUUACCAACGUAAACAACCACUACGGCGCAAACUUCGCAGCCUGGCUGGCGCGCAGCUUUCGCUGCCGCAUCGACAACGAGCUUCGCGAGCUUCGUACUCCAGCCACGGAAAAGCUGGACAAGCUGGCAUGGAGCAUGGCGCAUGCCGUGCUCAACGACGGCGAGUUAGAGCAGCCGCGCUGCUGGGCGGGUUGGGCCCAGGGCGCCGCCGCGCAAGUCGCGGGCGCGGCGGCUGCGGCGGCGGCACAGGGCGCCGGCCCUGCGGGUGUGGCCGCCGCCGCGCAAGCCGCGGGCGCGGCGGCUGCGGCGGCGGCACAGGGCGCCGGCCCUGCGGGCGGGGCCGCCGCCGCGCAAGUCGCGGGCGCGGCGGCUGCGGCGGCGGCACAGGGCGCCGGCCCUGCGGGCGGGGCCGCCGCCGCGCAAGCCGCGGGCGCGGCGGCUGCGGCGGCGGCACAGGGCGCCGGCCCUGCGGGCGGGGCCGCCGCCGCGCAAGCCGCGGGCGCGGCGGCUGCGGCGGCGGCACAGGGCGCCGGCCCUGCGGGCGGGGCCGCCGCCGCGCAAGCCUGGACCGCCCUGAUUGACUACGUCAACGCCCAGCGUGCGUCGAAAAGGGCCGCAGAGCUGUUGCUGCGGGAGGUCAAGGGGGCGCAGGCCACGUACAAGAAGGCCAGCACGCGGCACAUGGAAUGGGCCGCGGAGAUUCUCGCAGGCCUUGAGGCACGCCGCGAUCAGCUGGGGGCGCAGGUGCAGCAACUGACGCAGGCGCAGCCGUUGACGCGAGAGGACACGCAGCGGCUUGCGUCCUUGCGCCGGGAACUGCAUCGCGCACGUCCGUUCACGCUGACCCCCAGCCCCUCCUUCGCGCCGAUCUAUGUGCCCCUUGACAACACGUCCAUGGCCCGCCUUCCUGGGCUGCUGCCCACCCUGGCAAGGCGCCAUGGCGAGGUCUUCGCCGGUGCAGGCGCGGGCGCCGUGGCACCCUCCUCGUUUGUCCAGGCCGUGUUUGGCGGCGGGGGCAUGCAGUCGCCUGCCACGCUGAACGCCGUCGGCUGGGGCCUGUUCCAGCUCGGGGGUGUGACCUCCCGCAACGCCCCCUUCGCCAAUUACAUCACCACGGACGGGGUGGCCUGCAGCGUGGCGCGAGAAGCGCACAACAAGCCGCUGGCCAACUUGAAGCCGGCGACCGCGCCCGCCGAUGCGGAGGAGCUGUGCACUCUGGAGGAGAUGAAGGCCACGCAGAUCAUCGGUGUGGACCCGUGCGGGGGAGGUAAUUGGUUCAUGGCAGCACGGUCUCCGCUGUACCAGCCAGGGCCCUGGGCUUGGGAGGGUGUCAGGGAGGGUGUCAGCCCUGCCCAGCGCUCCCUGCUCGAGCUGCACGACAAGCAGCUGGAUGAGGAGUUGUUCCCUGGGCAGCUGCCGCCGGAGCCGCGUCGCAGGCGCAAGGGCGUCAGGCGCAAGGGUGGCGGGCGCAAGGGGGGCCACCGCCGGAAGCAAUCGAAGCACUGGCAGCCGCGAGCCAGGACAGCGCGGCGGCGGCGCCAGAAGCGGGGCCGAUUCCUUAUGAGCAUGGGCCACUGGCGGCACAUGUCAGGCCUGGAACGACUCCAGCCAAACCGCCCACAGCUUGCGCCAGCCCUGCAGGCGUACGUCGGCGGCAUCCCCACGGCGGCGACCGCGUCGGCGGCCCGGUUUGAAGAGCGCAUGCGCUACCUCUUCGCCAGUGGGGCGGCAGGGCAGGCGGCGGGGCAGGCGGAGGCGGCGGGGCCGGCAGAGGCGGGGCCCCGGGGCGCGGUGCACGUGCUGUGGCACUACCACUUCUCGGCCUUCCGCCGAAAGCGCUGGGCUGCGUUCAUCCAGCGCGACCGCGCGCUCCACCGCGUCGCCAAGCAGCUCACGGGCGGCAGGCCCAAGGAGGAGGUGGUGGUGGGGUGGGGUUCGUGGGCCUUCCAGGGAGGGAAGGGCGGCUCCCCCAUCUCCGUCAGGGGCGGGCGCGCGCCGACGGGGCGGCUCAUCAAGCUGCUCCGUGAGCGCUACGCCAAGCAUGUGUUCAUCAUCGAUGAAUACAAGACCUCCAAGACCUGCUACAACUGCGGGUGUCAGGAGAUGGCCAUCAAGCGGCUUGGGGGGCUGAAGGAGGGGCAGCGGCCCUGGUCGGUCAAAGUCUGCAACGACUGCUUGACGACCUGGAACCGCGACGUCUCCGCCGCCAACGUGAUCCGUGUGCUCCUCCUGCUGAAGCUGAUGGGCUUCGAGCGGCCGACCAAGCUGCAGCGGCCGCCAUGGCCGCCGGCGGCGGCGGGGCCGGGCUGAGAGCCUGAACGGCGCUAGCAGGGCGUGGGGCUGAGGGUGCACGUGUUGAUUGGCGGCGAGUGACGUGACUAGUUUGUUAGCUGCGGGUUAGCACGGACUGUGCACCCCACCCAACCGGCCACGUCCGGAUUUGCGGGGAUGCCAAAGGCCCCCAACAUAGAGGCGUGUGCUUAGUAGGCGCCCGCGUCAAGGUGGCUGGGUUGAUAACGACCCGGGAUCAGCCCUUUUCCUGCCUCCCUAAGGCAGCCACCUCCUUGUUGAACAGAAUAUGCUGCAGCCAGAAGACGAUACUAGGACCUCAGGACCUAGGAUCAUAGCCCGGCAUAGUUGAGGUGAUUUCGCUGACCUUGCACUGCUUACCGUUGACUGGGUGGCCGGCCCAUGCGGGUAAUUAGGAGAACAAGUAAGUGCAUCGACUUUUAGGCCAGGGCACUGGCCGACAGCUUGUCAAUCGGCAUGCCCUGUUGCUAGCUAGAGGCAGUGAGAUUCACGGUUGCCAGAGCACAUGCAUUCAGGGAAUGCUGAACAGCAGGCGUCGUUAGAUGUGGAUGGAGUGUAUGUGUGCAUGGGGGUGGGAUAGAUGUGAUAAUGCCACAGAUAGAGGCGCACGGCAGGGCGGUGGCGGUGACGCUGCUGGCAAUGCGGGCAGCAGGAGGUGGUACCUGAAGCUGUGGCUUUGUGAAGUUGACAGGGUAAGAAGGGUGUUAACUGUAAAUGAGUGUACAGGGGUAUGUAAGCUUUUUUUACUGGGAUAGUAAGUGUGUGGUGGGGUUAGUCGGUUAGGUGACGAAGUGUCUUAAGAUUCGGAACGCAUAGGGUAAAGGCUGUCCUGUCACUGGCGGUCGUUCCGUGCGGGUGCUGUAUGUGCAAGUGUUCCCCGGUCA